AUGGGAGACAGGCUGCCGGAGCCUCAUGCCAGCUCUUCCCCUGCUGUGGCUGCCAGCUCAGAAGCGGAAGAAAUCGAGGUGCUGGACUCCGAGGAUGUCCUGCCUAUGGCCGCAGAGGAUCACUGGAAAGCUCUAUUUGAUCAGGGAACUAGCUGUUUCUGCAGGCAGGCACUAAAGGAAGAGGAAAGCAGCUGGGAUGAAGCUCAAAUAAAAGUCAGGAAGGAGGCUGAAAUGUUUGAUCCUGACAACACCGGCUACAUCAGCACCGAGAAGUUUCGCUCUCUCCUUCAGAGGCACGGCUCAGAACUGGACCCCCACAAGCUGGAGGUCCUCCUGGCCCUGGCAGACAGCAACUCUGAGGGGAGGAUCUGCUACCAGGACUUUGUGAAUCUGAUGAGCAACAAAAGGUCGAAUAGUUUUCGCCAAGCCAUCCUUCAGGGGAACAGAAGGCUGUGCAGCAAGGCUCUGCUGGAGGAAACAGGGCUGAGCCUAUCCCAGAGGCUGAUCCGGCAUGUUGCAUAUGAGACGCUUCCACGAGAGAUAGACCGGAAGUGGUACUACGACAGCUACACCUGCUGCCCUCCACCCUGGUUCAUGAUUACCGUCACUAUUGUAGAGGUUGUCUUUUUUCUUUACAAUGGAGUGGUAUUAGACAGAUUUGUGCUGCAAGUCACCCAUCCCUUAUACCUGAAGAACUCAUUAGUUUACCAUCCUCAGCUCCGUGCUCAGGCUUGGAGGUACCUAACCUACAUAUUCAUGCAUGCAGGGAUAGAACACCUUGGACUUAAUGUUCUCCUUCAGCUCUUGGUUGGGGUUCCCCUGGAAAUGGUGCAUGGAGCAGCAAGGAUCAGCUUUGUCUACAUUGCUGGAGUUGUGGCAGGAUCCCUUGCAGUGUCAGUAGCUGAUAUGACUGCGCCUGUGGUGGGCUCCUCUGGAGGUGUGUAUGCACUCGUCUCUGCUCACUUGGCCAAUAUAGUCAUGAACUGGUCAGGAAUGAAGUGCCAAUUCAAACUGCUGCGCAUGGCUGUUGCCUUGAUCUGUAUGAGCUUUGAAUUUGGAAGAGCUGUGUGGCUGCGAUUUCACCCCUCUGCCUACCCACCAUGCCCGCACCCCAGCUUCAUGGCUCACCUGGGAGGGGUAGUGGUUGGAAUCACUCUUGGUGUCAUCAUCUUGAGGAACUAUGAGCAGAGACUCCAAGACCAGUCCUUAUGGUGGAUCUUCCUUUCUAUUUAUCUCAUUUUUGUCUUGUUUGCCAUCUUCUGGAAUAUCUUUGCCUACAACCUGUUGGAUCUGAAGCUUCCUCCCCCUCCCUGAAAGCACAGGACAAAAAACUCUGAAGAGUGGAACUCAUUGGCCAGCUAUGUUAAAUAAAUCAACAUGGAGGAUCUAUUUUUAUGUGAAACUUAGGGAGAGUGAUUCUUUUGAACACAAGCAUGUUCUGAAGGAGACACUUAAAGGUUUCACAAGUGAAAGGGGUGAUCAGUUUGAGCAUGAAUUUAGCAGAUACUGUAAUACUGGCUGGCUUUGACCCUGCACUUUUUCUACUGCAGGGGCUCUUGUGGGACAGCUUGUACCUCAGCAUUUAUUGCUUGGUUUGUUAGCACACAUCCAUGUUUUGUAUGGGCUAUUUGCAUUUUCCCUGUCAGUGCUGUACUUGUGGCCAGCUGUUGAGCAAAACUCCUCAAUGUUACUGAACACUAAAUGGAAAAAGAGCAGACAUUUACUAACUGCAUACUCAACUGAUAUUCACAAGGCAGCUUGGGUUUGGUUUCAAUGGAUACAUCUGACUGUUCAGCCAUACCAGUGCCACCGUCUGAUUACUUGAAUGGUUCCUUAAAUAUU